CCUGAAAUAAACAUGCACAUAAAGCCAUCAGAGAAUUUUAUCAUGAAAAUGUAUCCAAUACCCUUCACACAGGAAGAGGUGGCUGGAAGUGUUCAUUCUUUUUCACGGGAUGUUUUUGAAGAAGGAUCUUUUCUGGAAAGAUUUCUUAAAGUUUACCAGAGACUGAGAAGCAUCUCUGCCAUGACUGUCUCUACCUGCACACACUUACUGCACCACAAAGAGCUGCUCAGGUACCUCGAGGAGAGCAAGUUUGACGCUGUCCUUACAGAUCCUGUGAUACCCUGUGGGCAGAUACUGGCCGAGCAUCUUUCACUCCCUUCCGUGUUCUUUUUUCACCAAAUGCCAUGUGGUUUGGAUUUUGAAGGCACUCAGUGUCCCAAUCCCCCUUCUUACGUCCCCAGGGUAUUCACAGGCCAUACAGACCACAUGAACUUCCUCCAGCGGGUGAAGAACCUAAUCCUUGACAUCCCAAAUUAUUUCCUCUGUCAUUUUGUCUUCCAACCCUACGCACAACUGGCUUCUGAGUUCCUCCAGCGGGACGUGACUGUGCCAGGUCUCUUGAGUCAGGCUUCCAUUUGGCUCAUGAGGUUAGAUUUUGUGUUAGAUUAUCCAAGACCUUUGAUGCCCAACAUCAUUGUAAUCGGAGGAGUAAACUGUGCUCACAAGAAGCUUCCUCAGACAGUGUCACCGAAAUCGGGAAUGAACUUCUUCACUUCAAAAUUCUUCAUUGCAGUGCUGGAUGCUCAGGGGAUCGCUCCAACUAUCGUGCAUGCUGACUCAUGUCUCUGCAAAAGCUUUACACUAUCAAAACAUGCAUAG